UACAAUGGCAGUCAAAGGAAAGUCAAGAGGUAGAAGAGCUUUGAAAAAAGAGUCGGAAACAAAGUCUGAGGAUGAUAUUAAAAAAUCCGAAAUUUUGAGUGAAGAAGAAGAAGUUGAAGCAACUUUACCUAAUCCCAGUGAGAAAACUACAUUCUUUGGAUUAGUUGAUUCUAAUGAAUUGGAUUAUUUUAAGCAAGCAGAAUCUACUUUAAAUAUAAAUGCAUUUGAAAGUGAUGAAGAAAGAAUCGGAUUCAUUAGAUCUGUUCUUGAAGAAGCCAAGGGAAAAGAAUUAAAAUUAGUAACUAAUCAAAUAUGUUCAAAAUUAAUGGAAAGAUUAAUCUUAUUUGCUAGUGAUAAACAAUUAAAAUCUAUAUUUAAUCUGUUUUUAAAUCAUUAUGUUGCUUUAGCUCAUCAUAAAUAUUCAUCUCACGUUUUAGAAACAUUGUUUGUUAGAGUAGCUGCUUUACUUGAAAAAGAAUUAGUACAAAAUGAACAAUUUAAUGAUGGAGAUGAAGAAGAAGUUGAUGAUGAUGGUGAAGAAAUUAUACAAGCUAGUAUGGAAUCUUUAUUUAUUAAAAUGCUUAAUGAAUUUAAACCACAUAUUCAAACUAUGAUUGAUCAUCAAUAUGCUUCUCAUACAUUAAGAUUAAUAAUUCUUAUCAUUUCAGCAAAAGAAUUACCAUCUUCAACCAUAUCUAAUUCAACUUUAAGAUCUAAAAAAUCUAAAAUUGCUAGAAAAAUGAUUGAAAUUAAAGAUAAUCAAGAUUUUAAUAGAUCAUUUCAAGUACCUUCAUCAUUUAAAAAUGAAAUAAAAUCAAUUUGUUAUGAAGCAAGAAAGAAUCAAGAUACAAAAAAAAUGAGAGCAUUAGCUGUUCAUAAAAUUGCAUCACCUGUAUUACAAUUAUUAAUUCAAGUAGAAGGAAUUGUUGAUAAAGAAAGAGAAAUAUGGCAUUUAAUAUUUAAUAAAGAAAAUUCCGAAAGAGAUUCAUCAGAAGAAGCCUUUAUUGAAUAUCUUUUAAGUGAUCCAGUUGGUUCACAUUUCUUAGAAGCAGUAAUUAAAAAUGAUGGAGCUAGAUUAAAAUAUAUUGAAAGAUUAUACAAAUUAUAUAUGAAGGAUAGAAUUCUUAAAUUAUCUAAUCGUUCAAAUACUGGAGCAUAUAUAAUUCAAGCAUUAUUAUUAAAAUUAAAACCAGUUGAAAUUGAACAUAUACUUGAUAUUGUUAUUCCUGAAUUAUCUAAUUUAAUUAAUACAAAUUUAGAAUUUGGUUCAAGAAUAAUUGAUGCAUCAAAAUCUAGAUCAGGAUAUCGUAAAGAAGAAAUAAUAGAACAAUUAUUUUUAAAAUUUGCUCCUAAUUAUAAUUUUAAAGAUCCUCAAGUAAAUACUACAAGUGAAUUCCUUGAGAAUACUUUACAAUUAACAGGAUCUACAUUAGGAAAUACUAAAGGUGAUUGGCCAACUGCUGAAGAAAGAAGAAGAGCAUUAUUCUUACAAAAAUUAAUGGAAUAUGAUUCAAGAUUUAUUGUAUGUACAUGGUAUAAUUUCUUUGCUCUUCCAGUUGAAAAGCUUAUUCAAAUAUGUUUCCAUGGAGUUUUCUCUCAUAUUAUUGAAAAAUCAUUGGUUGUUGAACAAAAUGAAUCAAAACCAACUUCAAUUCUUAGAAAGAGAUUAUUAAAUUUAUUUCAAAAUCAAAUUGUAAAUUUAAGUUGUAAUUCUUAUGGUUCACAUAUUGUUGAUACUUUAUGGAAUUUUACUAUAUUCUUACCCAUGUAUAAAGAUAGAAUAGCUACAGAAUUAUUAAGUGAAUCUCAUAAAGUUAAAGAAAGUACUUAUGGUAGAUUGGUUUGGAAAAAUUGGUCAAUGGAAUUAUUUAUUAGAAAGAAAUAUGAUUGGAAAGCAUUAGUUAAACAACAAGAACAAGAAUUUAUUGGUGAAGAAGGUCAAAGAGAGAAAAAGCCAAUUGAAUUAAAAAUGGAAAGAUUAGCGCAAGAGAAAAAAUCUAAAGAAGAAUAUGAAUCUAAGCGUAGAUUAUAUGGUGAUAAUGAUGAAGAUGAGCAUGAUUCAUUUCAAAAGAGACAAAAGAUUAGAGGUCGUAGACGUUAAUAGAUUAUUAUAUAUAUAAAGUAAUUAUAUUAUUAUAUAAAGUCUUUAAUAAAUUAUUU